UCAUGAAUUAUUAACAUUAUGAUAAGAGACACAAAACUUGUGAAUAAAGAAAAAGGUGACAUGAAACCUUGUUACCUAUAAAGUAGAAACGUUCCUACUCAUAUUCAGAACAAAACAAAACAAAAAUGACUAAUCAAUUAACGAAGAACGAGUUAAUCGGAUUAUUUACAUCCAUUGCCCUUCUCAUAUACGUUACAUGUCUCUUCCACACCAAACGAUGUCGUGCGAGACUACCUCCGGGACCAAAUCCCUGGCCAGUGAUCGGCAACAUGUUCCAGCUCGCCGGGUCACCGCCACACGACUCAUUGACUAAACUUUCACGGCGUCACGGGCCAAUCAUGUCUUUGCGGAUCGCGUCAAUGCUGACGGUUGUGAUCUCUUCGAGUGAAGUGGCUCGGGAGAUUUUCAAGAAGCACGACGCAGUUUUGGCCGGCCGGAAGAUCUACGAGGCGAUGAAGGGAGGGAAGAGCAGUGACGGGUCUCUUAUAACUGCUCAGUAUGGAGCGUAUUGGCGGAUGCUGCGGAGGCUAUGCACCACUCAGUUCUUUGUUACUCGCCGUCUUGAUGCCAUGAGCGAUGUACGCUCUAGGUGUGUCGAUCAGAUGCUUCGAUUUGUCGAAGAAGGUGGCCAAAACGGUACAAAAACAAUCGACGUGGGGAGAUAUUUCUUCUUGAUGGCGUUUAAUCUUAUAGGAAACCUCAUGUUCUCGAGAGAUUUGCUCGAUCCCGAUUCAAAAAGAGGCUCCGAAUUCUUCUACCACACCGGAAAAGUGAUGGAGUUCGCCGGGAAACCCAACGUUGCCGAUUUCUUCCCUUUGCUAAGGUUUCUUGACCCUCAAGGAAUCAGAAGAAAAACGCAGUUCCACGUGGAAAAAGCGUUUGAGAUCGCCGGAGAGUUCAUCAGAGAACGAACGGAAGUUAGGGAGAAAGAAAAGAGCGACGAGAAGACGAAAGAUUACUUGGAUGUUCUUUUGGAGUUUCGUGGUGGCGAUGGAGUCGACGAAGAACCUUCUAGCUUCUCAUCAAGAGAUAUCAACGUUAUUGUUUUUGAAAUGUUUACGGCUGGAACGGAUACAACAACGAGCACGUUGGAAUGGGCACUAGCGGAGCUUCUACACAAUCCAAGAACCUUAACCAAACUCCAAACCGAACUCCGAACUUAUUUCAAGUCCACAAACCAAAAGCUCCAAGAAGAAGACCUUCCAAACCUUCCCUAUCUCUCGGCGGUUAUCAUGGAAACCUUAAGGCUGCACCCACCUCUGCCUUUCCUAGUCCCACACAAAGCCAUGUCCACGUGCCACAUCUUCGACCAAUACACAAUCCCCAAAGAAACACAAGUCUUGGUCAAUGUAUGGGCCAUAGGGCGCGAUCCUGAAACAUGGAUCGACCCGAUAAUGUUCAAACCCGAGAGAUUUAUAUCGAACCCGAACGCCCGAGACUUCAAGGGACAGGAUUACGAGUUCUUGCCGUUCGGGUCAGGUCGACGGAUGUGUCCAGCUUUACCUUUGGCGUCACGGGUCUUGCCAUUGGCCAUUGGGUCGAUGGUGAGAUCGUUUGAUUGGGCUUUAGCAAAUGGGCUUAAUGCAGAAGAAAUGGAUAUGGGAGAAAGGAUCGGUAUUACAUUGAAAAAGGCUGUUCCUUUGGAAGCGAUUCCCAUUCCUUAUCGAGGGACCUAGAUUAUUUUCUCUAUUUGUUUUCUUUACAUGCAUGUGUACAGUGUACUUGUACACUUAAAUCACCAAAGCAAUCCAAUAUGUAUGUAUAAUGUUAAUGUAUACCAAAAAAGAAAAUCUCAAAUGUGACUAAUUUGGCGUUAUUGUCUGA